AUGGGUUAUCGACUAUCAGUUUUCUUCUGCAUUAUGCUUAUUGUGAUUGUUGCAGCUAAUCCCUUUGAGCAAAUAGGUCUGGGUCGGGAGAAGCGUGACGUUAUGGAUUCUACGAAGAAUGCGGCUACGGAGGCGGCAAAGGCCUUGAAUGACGCUGGCGAAGCCGUAGUUAAUGUAUUCAAACCGACGGAAAAGAGCACCAUCGAUAAAAUAGCAGACUCGGUCAACGGAUAA